AUGAGACGGCUGACUCAUGUAAACCCUAUCCAUAUAAAGAAGAAGAAACUAAGACUUGUUACAGUGUUUUUUUGAAGAAGAGACCCUCCAUAAACAAGGGACUCAUUCGCGUGGUUCUUGUUGUUUAGACCGGUAGGACUCAUUCGCGUGGUUCUUGUUGUUUAGACGGCCAAAGGGAAUGAUACACAAUGGCGACCUCAGAUGAAGAGGUUGCCAGGAUUCAGGAAGAGAGGAGGACGAAGGAGAAGGAGCUCGCUUCCCUAACUAGUGUGACAUUUGAUGCCGAUCUCUAUGGUGGGGGCAACAAAUUUGAAGGCUAUGGACUCUCGAUCCCUGUCAAUGACGAGGAGGAAGAAAAUCUAGACGCAGGUGAGCGUGCAGUUACUCGCAAACUUGCUUCAUACAUUGCCCCAAAAUCUGUCUUAAAUGAGAUGCCCAAAGUGGGCGAAGAAGAUGACAUGGGUUUCAAAAAACCCCAAAGAAUCAUUGACGGAGAAGAUGAUUAUAGAAGGAGAAGGCUCAAUCGAAUAAUCUCGCCUGAUCGGAACGAUGCCUUUGCGAUGGGAGACAAGAGCCCUGAUGAAUCAAAGAGUGGCUUUGCCAAAAUCAUGCAAGAGGAAUUUUUGAAGAGAGAGAAAGACAAGGAAAGAGAGGAGAAACUGCUUGCGAAGAAGCAAGAGCAAGAUGAGAGAGAAGGCAAGCACGGGUGUUUCUCAAGCUGGGGGUGCUAAAAACGAAGAAAUCGAUGGGACCAAUCUCAAGAGGCUCAAGAAAGUGUGAAAAAACCAAAAGUUUCAGAUUGGGAUGCACCCGAUGCUACACCAGGGAUAAGCCGAUGGGAUGCUACUCCAACUCCUGGUCGAGCUGAAGCUGCAACUGCAGCUAGUGGGUCAAGGCGAAAUAGCUGGGAUGAGACACCAACACCAAGGUUGGCUGAUUCCGAUGCUACACCAGUUGGUGGUGUCACGCCUGGUGCCACACCAGCAGGUAUGGCUUGGAAUGCCACUCCAAAGCUUUCGGGUAUGGGUACCCCAACACCCAAAAGACAAAGAUCUCGAUGGGAUGAGACCCCUGCAACAAUGGGUUCUGCUGCUCCUCUUCCCGGUGCUACCCCAACUGCCUUUACGCCAGUUGGGGCUGUUGAUCUUGCUACUCCAACACCUGGUGCCAUUAAUCUAAGAGGAGCGAUAACACCUGAACAGUAUAAUUUGUUGAGGUGGGAGAAGGAUAUAGGUGAGUGGAAUAGGCCUCUGAGUGAUGAGGAGUUGGAUGCGACGUUUCCUCAAGAGGGUUAUAAGAUUUUGGAGCCACCGGCUUCAUAUGUACCUAUAAGAACACCAGCAAGGAAGCUCCUUACCACCCCAACCCCUAUGGGUACGCCUUUGUAUUCGAUUCCUGAAGAGAAUAGGGGCGAGCAGUUUGAUGUGCCCAAAGAGGCUCCUGGUGGGCUGCCAUUUAUGAAGCCUGAGGAUUAUCAAUACUUUGGGGCUUUGUUGAAUGAGGAAGAUCAAGAGGAAUUGUCAACAGAAGAGCAAAAGGAGAGGAAGAUCAUGAAACUCCUGAUGAAGGUGAAGAAUGACCCCCCACAAAGGAAAACAGCACUUAGGCAGCUCACUGAUAAGGCUCGAGAAUUUCGGGCAGGUCCACUUUUUAACAGAAUUUUGCCCUUGCUAAUGUCGCCUACUCUCGAGGACCAGGAGAGGCAUCUUUUGGUUAAAGUCAUCGAUAGGGUGCUUUACAAGCUUGAUGAACUAGUCAGGCCUUUUGUGCACAAGAUACUGGUCGUUAUUGUGCCACUCCUAAUUGAUGAGGAUUACUAUGCUAGAGUUGAGGGAAGAGAGAUUAUUUCGAAUCUUAGCAAGGCUGCUGGUUUGGCUACCAUGAUUUCAGCUAUGAGGCCUGAUAUUGAUAACAUGGAUGAGUAUGUAAGGAAUACAACGGCAAGGGCCUUCAGUGUUGUGGCUUCUGCCCUUGGUAUUCCUGCACUAUUGCCCUUUUUGAAGGCAGUCUGUCAGAGUAAGAAAUCAUGGCAAGCUAGGCACACUGGUACUAAGAUUGUGCAGCAGAUUGCUAUUCUCAUGGGUUGUGCAGUUCUUCCCCAUCUGAGGUAUUUAGUGCAGAUCAUAGAGCAUGGGUUGAAUGAUGAGAACCAAAAGGUGAGAACCAUUACUGCUUUGUCACUUGCUUCCCUUGCUGAAGCUGCUGCUCCUUAUGGUAUUGAGAGUUUCGAUUCAGUUUUGAAGCCUUUGUGGAAAGGUAUAAGGUCUCAUAGGGGCAAGGUCCUUGCUGCUUUCUUGAAGGCCAUUGGUUUUAUCAUCCCCCUCAUGGAUCCAAUGUAUGCCAGCUACUACACAAAGGAAGUUAUGGUCAUAUUGAUUCGAGAGUUCCAGUCUCCGGAUGAGGAGAUGAAGAAGAAUGUUUUGAAGGUUGCUAAGCAGUGUGUGAGCACUGAGGGGGUGGAGGUUGAUUUUAUCAGGACCGAGGUUUUGCCAGUGUUCAGAAACUUUUGGGUCAGGAGGAUGGCUAUGGAUCGUCGCAAUUAUAGGCAGUUGGUCGAUACCACUGUUGAAAUUGCAAAUGACGAUGGUGUGGCUGAUAUUAUCGGAAGGGUUGUUGGGGACCUCAAAGAUGAGAGUGAGCCAUACAGGCGUAUGGUUAGGGAGACGAUCGAGAAAGUGGUUGCUAACUUGGGGGCUCCCGAUAUAAAUCCUCGCUUGGAGGAGAACUUAAUCGAUGGAAUCUUAUAUGCUUUCCGAGAGCAAACAAGCGAUGAUGCCAAUGUUCUGCUCAAUGGGUUUGGAGCAGUGAUCAAUGCCCUAGGGCAGAGAGUGAAGCCCUUCCUGCCCCAAAUAUGUUUUAUCAUUAAAUGGCGUUUGAAUAAUAAGAGUGCAAAAGUGAGGCAGCAAGCUGCUGACCUUAUUUCUAGAAUUGCAGUGGUUAUGAAGCAAUGCCAAGAGGAACAAUUAAUGGGUCACCUGGGUGUGGUGCUUUAUGAGGAUCUUGGAGAAGAAUACCCUGAAGUCUUGGGUUCGAUACUUGGGGCAUUGAAGGCUAUUGUGAAUGUUAUUGGAAUGACAAAAAUGACUCCUGCCAACAAAGAUUUGCUCCCCCGAUUGACCCCCAUAUUGAAGAAUCGACAUGAGAAGGUGCAAGCGAACUGCAUUGACCUUGUCGGAAGGAUUGCCGAUCGCGGGACAGAGUUUAUGCCUGCAAGAGAGUUGAUGAGGAUUUGUUUUGAGCUUCUUGAAAUGCUCAAGGCCCACAAAAAGGGAAUCCAAAGGGCCACUGUUAACACCUUUGGGUAUAUUGCUAAGGCCAUAGGGCCACAAGAUGUCUUGGCCACCCUUUUGAACAACCUCAAGGUUCAGGAGAGGCAAAAUCGUGUGUGCACCACUGUGGCGAUUGCCAUUGUUGCUGAGACCUGUUCCCCGUUCACAGUCUUGCCCGCUCUGGUGGAUGAGUAUAGGGUUCCCGACCUUAAUAUGCAAAAUGGGGUUCUCAAAUCUCUCUCUUUCUUGUUUGAGUAUAUUGGGGAGGGUAAGGAUUAUAUAUAUGCAGUGACUCCAUUGCUUGAGGAUGCUCUAAUGGACACGGACCUGGUUCAUCGGCAGACUGCUGCCUCUGCUGUGAAGCACAUGGCUUUGGGUGUUGCAGGGUUGGGUUGUGAGGAUGCUUUGGUUCACCUGCUGAAUUAUGUGUGGCCAAAUAUAUUCGAGACCUCGUCCCAUGUAAUUAAUGCAGUCACGGAAGCAAUUGAAGGGAUGAGAGUGGCUCUGGGUCCUGCUGCUGUUCUACACUACUCUCUUCAAGGGUCGUUUCAUCCAGCUAGAAUAGUUAGAGAGGUUUAUUGGAAGAUCUAUAAUUCUUUGUACAUUGUUUCGCAAGAUGGGCUUGUGGCGGCUUAUCCUGUGUUGGAGGACGAGGGGAAUGAUAUAUUCAGCAGGCCAGAGCUGAUGAUGUUCAUUUAGAUUAAAGCUAAAUAUGGUGUUGGAUAUGCGUGUUCCUGUGUUUGCCAUUGACAAUAGUAGAUGGCCCUGAGCUUACGUACAAAUGACUUGGAUACCUUUCCUCUAUGGAGACUGAAGCGAAGUGUAGAGAAAUGGAUGAGCAUCAGAUGGAUUUCGUAUUGGAUUUCUUCUUCGUCUUCUUCUUCCUGUGCUCAACUCUUUUAAAUUUUAUUUUUUUGCAUCCAGUUCUAUGUUGAUUUUGGAUCUACCUCUCAUUCAAUUAUUCAUUUUGCAUUAUUGGCAUGUACAGGAGACUGAAGAGAAGUGCAAAGAAAUGGAUGAGCAUUAGAUGGAUUUCGUAUUGGAUUUCUUCUUCGCCUUCUUCUUCCUGUGCUCAACUCUUUUAAAAAAAAUUAUUUGCAUCCAGUUAAAUGUUGAUUUUGGAUCUAGCUCUUAUUCCAGUAUUCAUUUUCCAUCAUUGUCAUGUACAGGAGACUGAAGAGAACUGCAGAGGACUUUAUGUACACUGGAAGUGUAAGAAAAUUGGGUGCAGAAGACUCAUGAGCUAAAGAAAAGUAGGUGGAAAUUUAGUGCAGGAAGCCUCUUGGAUUUCUAUACUGUUGCUUCUUUCCAGGUUGUAAAGAGCUUCUUUGAUGUUUCUUGUUCUCUUUUGUUUUUUUCCUAAUGCGUAUAGUCACCCUAAACCAUCAGAUCUCUUGUGUGUGUGUGAGAGAGAGAGAGAGAGAGAGAGAGAGAGAGCAUACAAGUGGUUUGAACUAGAGAGAGAGAGCAUAUAGUUGCUUUAAACUAGAGGACAAGAGACCUGUAAUUUGGGGUAGGUGAGAUAGUACAAGAGAGCCUUAUGAUUUGUUUGAUCUUCCAUGUUUUAUACUUUCAUUUAAACAAGGAUUACGUCCAAACCAUGCAAUGUAUCUUUGCCGUUGUCUA